GUUUUCUGUAAAAAUGUUUUCAAAAAGAACUCGAGGAAAGAACUUCACCGAGCAAGAAGAACAUGCUCUCCUCGAUCUCGUGCUUCUGAACAAGGAUAUUCUGCAGGACAAGACCAAGGAUGCCGCCACUUGGCGACGAAAGGCCGAAACGUGGGAGCGGCUGACCAUGGAAUUUCAGGCACAAACGGGAACGGAUAGAUCGUGCGCUGCACUUCGCGAAAAGUACGAUAAUAUGAAGAAAAACUUGCGGAAUAAGUACAGAGGAGUUAAGCAUUUUAAAAGGCAGGCAGAGCUCCAUUCCGCUGUUAAUUCCUGGUACCAGAGUUCUACCACGUCGCAGGACAACGCCGAUCACACAGGAAUCACCGGCAGUCCACUGGAAAACCAGUUUGAUAUUGAUGGAAAUUCCCAAUUACUGAGUGCAGCCAAAGAAGAAAAUUCUUCAAUCAGCUUACAAAACUCAGAUAACUCCCAAUUACUGCAAGAAAACAUUGAUGAUAUCGAGGAAAUCGAAUCCGUGGAUUAUUCCCAAAGAUGGAAGAGGAGAAUAUUGGAAACUUGCAGCUCCCCUGAACCGCCGAUGGUCAAAAAAUCAACUCGCGUUGAGGAGGAGCAGGUGGAAUUGUUUAGGUUACAGCAGCAAUAUUAUAAAGAUCAGAAUGUAAGAGCCGCUGAGAAGCACAAAUAUGAAGUGGAGAGGGAACUAAUAGAACUACAAACGGCUCGAAUAAAAAACCAGUUAAUUGAAAUGGAAAUUGAAUUGAAGCGCGAAGAAUUGGCUAAACUGAGGCAAAGGUCUUUGACAGAAACUAAUUUUACAAAUGGUUGAUUUAUCUAUUUUACAUUAAACAUAUAAGAUUGUACAUAAUGUAGAAAGAAGAAGGGCAUUUAGUGUAUUAAGCUAUCAUAAAAUCCAUUUAACAUUCAGAAAACAUUACUGUUACAAACCAACCCAUUAACAUUAAUCAAGUUUGUGCAUACAUAUAAGUCAUACAUAAGUUUUCGUAUUGUACUGAAUUCGAGAAAUACAGUAAAACAGUCCAAAAAUUGCUGUCCGUUGCUCCUGCAAAACAGUUUUUAACACUUAAUAAAUAAAUAUUUUGUACAAUCAACGUAAACAAACUUGAAUGGUAAUCAGUGUGCCCGGAACAGUAAUCAACGAAAUCCUGCUGCUAUCGAUGUUGUAAUCGUUAUUUAUCGAGCUUUCGUGUGCUUUGCCAGCAACCUGCCAUUCUCACAAAACGGACGUUUGAAAAUCACUCGAGAUUCGGGUAAACACAAACUCCAAGUGCCGAGUACAAACAGCAGCCGGAAGUAAAUCGCGGAUAAAUAGUGAAUAAGCAAGUGUCGCCGAAAUGCCGAAACCCGGUGACAAGGCGAAGGUGAACGUCAAGGAGCGGGUGGUGGACGAGUCCUGCGACUUGAGUCUCUCGGAACUAAGCGAAAUACCGGUGCGCGAGAUCGCUUCGUUCAAGCGCGUCACCGUUUUGGAUCUCUCCAGCAAUCGCCUGGCCAGCCUGGGAAAAAACUUUUCUAUUCUCACACGCUUGGUGCGGCUGGAUCUAAGCAAGAAUCAAAUCAAAUUCCUGCCCGAGGACUUUGGCCAGCUGGAGCAGUUGCGCCACUUGGACUUGUACAACAAUUGCUUGGAGCACCUGCCCAUUAGCUUCGGUCAGCUGCGUCGUUUGCGGUACUUGGAUCUGAAGGGGAAUCCACUGACGCCCGCCUGGGAGAAGAUUGUGGGUUGCUGCUCCACGCAAAAGGACUGCCAGCAGGCGGCCAAGAACACAGUCAGCAUCUGCGCCAACUACAAGCCGGAAUUCAUUGAACGCGAACGUUUGGCCGCCCAAGAGAGCCAGAAAAUGGCCGGAGUCGGGGAUUCCAGUGCCAAUGCCGUCCAAACGAAUGGCGGUGCAGCCGGCGGAAAGAAGUCAACGAAACCCAAUAAUAAGAAAGCUAAAGCCAAAAAACUCGCCGGUGGGGGAGACAAUGAGCUGACAAUCAAACCAGUGAAUGUAGCAGGAUCAGGAGGAACAGCAACAGCAUUGGGAUCGAAAUCAACUCAAAAGAACAAUCAAAAGAAAAAGAACUCGAAAGGGGACUCCUGGUUGAAUCUACUGUCGAGAGCUGCCCUAUCAUCGCUGGUCACCUUUCUGGUUCUUUUCAUCAUCAACUUGUUAAUCAUUUACAUGAUCAUGUUCAAGAAUCCGGACAUCGCCGACAAGCUGGUGGAGUACAUACCACAUCAGUAUCGCGAUUGGAUCCUGACCAAAACGGAGUUCUUCCGGCUGCGUGUUACCGACUGGAUCUCAGAAUUUCGGACACCGCCGGAGGAACACUGACGGUUCAUUUAUUUGAAGCCUUAGAGCGCUGGGCUUCAAAUGGAAUAAAUCGCUUAACAAAUCUCGGAUGCAUAGCGCGUGUGUGGAGGCAAAAUUCAAAUUGAGAUACGUGUAGACGACCACCUGAACGAGUUAUACGACUGCUACUUUGAUAUACCAUUAUCUGUAAUUUAACGCCAUAUAUUUUGAUAGACACUAAGUCACUACGUCCAUUGAAGGCAGAUUUUAAUAUGAAAAACCACACGUACUCCGCAACUAAAGAGGCCACUUAAAAGACACCGAACUACACUCAAUCACUCAGCUCAAUCGAACUCAGAUGAAUCUACAGCUAACCAUAACUAACCAUAGCUCAAGCUCAAGCUCAACUCAAUAGUAACUGAAUGGCGGUUCCAAACUGGCCAAAGCAUAGAAACUACAGACACAGUCAGACCAGGCAUCCUCGUAAUAUUCACAUCUAUCAGGUCAGAUCAGAUAAAAUCGAAUCGAAUAAACUCACCUACAAAUAUAAUACUUUAA